AAAACAAAUCAAUUUAUUAUUAGUUAAGUCUUAAGAGCUCUCAUUUUAAUCGAAUCACCUUGAUAGAUGGAUCCGAAUCUUUCAGAUCUUUCAGCAUGGAACAUACGUAAUCCCCAGCAACCUAAUCCAGGUUAUCCUGAUAUGUCUUCUGUAGGUUAUCCGGGAAUAACUCCAGGAGGAUAUCCAGGAUAUCCUGAUUCGUCUGGGGGUUUAUCGAGUUCAAACACAAGUACAUAUCCAGGAAUGUCAUCUGGAGGAUAUUCUGACCUACCGUCAGGAGGUUUCGCAAAUUUAAACACAACUGCAUAUCCAGCACCUAUAAUGGGUGGGUUCGAUGGACAGUCAGGAGCAAAUUUCAAUAAUACACCUUUCGGUGCUCCUAGUGGUUAUCCCGAUCAGCGUUUGAACAACCCAACUGCUCCAUUUUCAAGCCAACAAGGUUAUACAAAUCCUUCUUAUGGCAAUAAUCCAUCUGCUACAUCAUAUCUACCAGGUACAACCUCAUUCAAUAUCGAUUAUGCACGUCAAAUGCAAAGUCCUUAUAUUUCUGGGAAUCCCAAUUCACAAAAUCUCCACACAAAUUAUUGCCCAACUAUACCACCAUCAGGUGGAAGUUCAUUUGGUAGCCACCCAGUGAACACGAAUCAAGGAUCUGUAUAUCCGAUGUUUAACGAUUUCCCUACUCCGAUUUCAUCUCAGUCGAAUGAAUUUUCUGUCUCUUCCAGAGUUUACGGGUUUGCUGAAUCAGCUCCACACGAAGAUAUAAUGGAGCCAACUUUAAAAGCAGCACCUAAUUUUUGUGUUGAACGAGACUGUGAACGUUUAAAAAAGGCUAUGGCCGGAUUAGGAGCAAAUGAAAAAGAGGUCAUCGAAGUAAUGGGUCAUCGAUCUGUUGAUCAACGUGUAGCAAUCGUACAAAAAUAUAAAUCAAUGUAUGGAAAAGAUUUAUUUGCCAAAUUUAAAUCUGAAUUACAUGGUCACUUAGAAGACUGUGUGAUCGCGUUGUGUUACUCACCAGCGGAAUUUGAUGCUAUUGAACUUCGUAGAGCAAUGAGAGGAGCUGGUACUGAUGAAGAUGCACUGAUUGAAAUUCUUUGUUCAAGGACAAAUGAGCAAAUCAGAAGAAUUAAGGAUAUUUAUCCAAAAUUGCUAAAUGGACGUAACUUAGAGAAAGAUGUUGAUAAUGAAACUACACAUCAUUUUAAACGUAUAUGUAUUGCUUUGCUGCAAGCAAAUAGAGAUGAAUCUACAUUUGUAGAUACGAAUCUUGUACGGAGAGAUGCGGAAGAUCUAUAUAGAGCAGGGGAGCAAAAAAUAGGAACAGACGAAUCAAAAUUCAUUCACAUCCUGGUUACGCGAUCAUAUGCUCACUUACGAGCUGUAUUCAAUGAAUAUACAUCACUUGGCAAGCGUAAUAUGGAAGAUGCUUUAAAAUCAGAAAUGCAUGGGCACACACUCAGUGCCUUACUGUCUAUUGUUCGUUGUAUACAAAAUAAGCCACGAUAUUUUGCAGCGAAAUUAUUAAAAGCUAUGAAAGGUGCUGGAACAGAUGACAGGACCCUUAUUCGUAUUAUUGUAUCUCGUUGUGAAGUUGAUAUGGGACAAAUUAAAAAAGAGUUUCAUGGUUUAAAAGGGAAAACAUUAGAGGCAUGCAUACACUCACACAACUGUCACAUUGUAAAGCUGCACUACAGAUGCAUAACCGUAACAGGGGAAUUUAGAGACAAUGUCAAAUCUACUGAACCACCACCAAGUUUUCUCAUAACAAUAAUACUGAACAUAAUUCAAAGUUGAACAAUGAACGUAUGAGUUCAGUCCACUUAGCUGAUUGACUGGAAAUAAUCAACUAAGACAAAAUACAUACGUGACCGAAUUACAGAAAGAUGAAACGUCAAGAGAUUAUCGUCGUCUAUUACUGGCGCUUAUAGGAGCAUGAUCUCGAAUACGAUUUUAUUUACAUUGAAUAAAGCUGUCAAUAACGAAUCAGUUCAUAAAAACAUGUUAAUGAGUAUUUCUAAAGAUAUAUUUCAUAGCUACAGCUCUUUACUUUAAUUAACACAAGUAUUCCGCUAUUCCAACAAAAACUGCGCUAUGAUAGAAUAUUUUAAAGUUAUUUAAUCGUUUUAUCUACUAUCCCACUUUUUUACGUUCACAAAAUGCCAUAAUCAGAUAUUUUUAUUUUAUUGCUAAUUUUUAUACAAACAAAGUGGUUUGCUUUGAGAUGGAUGAAUUUUUUCAACGUCUUAGUUAAAGGGUGAAUGAAUUAAAGGGUUUUGAUAAAAUAUUACAGAUAGUAACUAAUGCGAUUGCAUGAAUAUAAUGACCUGAGGUUGGUUAGUUAGACUGUCGCUCAGAAAUGAUCACUGAAAAACUUUCGUUUGUGUUUUCCUAUUCACUUUUUGAGUUAAAUUUGUUCAUUGAUGAGAAAAGACAAACAACAGUCCAACCUGUACUGAUUAUACGGUGGAUACCAGCUUGGGAUGAAUAGUACUCAUGAACUACUUGGACUUGUUAAACACGAAAUACGCGCUGCAUAAUCAUUAUCGUAAAUCUCCCCGUCUCAUUACAAUAUCAAAACAUACAGUCAGAGGUCAGCCGAAGAAAACGGGUAUACAAUGCCAUGUUAAAAUAAUACGACCUACGAAGGUAACCUUGUUAAAAAAGCGCUGACCAUAAAAAAACCCACUCCAGAUACCCUUAGGGAGUUGAAGAAUCUUCAUUUAAAAGUUAUGACGCCCCAACGUGGAAGCCGAGAAUCAUUACUGAACAAACAAUCGAAUGGAACUCAUGACUAUACAUCCAAUUCCUUGACUAUGAAGAAGCGUUUUACAGCGUGGAUAGGACCUUAUGGAACCAUCUUCGGCACUAUGGUGUACUUGAGAAAAUCGUCAAUAUCAUACGAAU